AUGGGGAGGACGGAGCACUUAGCGGAGAUGUGCCACGGGGAGGUCCCAUGGAUCCCUAGAGAGCUCGAGCUGUCCGUUUCCAGGGGACGCCCCCACUUAACUGCCUCUCAACGAGCCCUCGUCCUGCGAAGCUAUCCGUUGUUCAUACUUGGGGGGUUUGAUGUUUCCGAAUCGGCGGCCGGACGGCGGUUGGUUGUGUUUGCGGUUAUUAAACGCAGCCACGUUGCGGCCGAGCUCAGCGCGCCCACGGAAAAUUCGCUCGGGCAACUUUUCCGGAAAUGGUGUGGG